CUGGUCCAAAGUCCGGGUCCAAACGUAUGGAUCCGCCGCUGUAACUAUGUGCUUCCCAAGUCUGCCUCCCUGAUCCRGCUCCUGAUUGGUCGGUGCAGGAGGUGGUGUGUAAUGUAUACACAGGAGGUGGUCAUGGCUCCCUGAUGGGGAGGUGAGCCUGAUGGGAAAGGUAAAAAUAAAUAAAUAAAUAAAUAAAAGAUGGGGGGUGUUUGUAAUGUGGGGUGCUGACAGGACCAGGUCCUGGACCUGGACUAAGCAUGCUCCCUGACACCUCCUCUGUCUGACAGAUGAUGGCUUUAACGAGAAAAUGCAAAUGAAGAGGAGAAUAAAGAGGAGAGACGAGGUGUUUCCUGCUCUGCUGCAGAUCUGAUUAAUACCUGCACACCUGCAGAACCCGAGCCAGAACUGCUGAUCCGGUCCUCAUUUCUUCAGACUGUAACAGCCCCGAUGUGCGGACCCAGUUGGUGGAGCAGCAGCGCUGUCUGGAGCAGCAGACGGAGAUGCGGGUCCAGCUGCUCCAGGACCUGCAGGACUUCUUCAGGAAGAAGUCCGAGAUCGAGACGGAAUACUCCAGRAACCUGGAGAAGCUGGCGGAGCGGUUCAUGGCCAAAACACGCAGCACAAAGGAUCAUCAGCAAUACAAAAAAGACCAGAACCUUCUUUCUCCCGUCAACUGCUGGUACCUGCUGUUGAACCAGGUGAGGAGGGAGAGCAAGGACCACGCCACCCUCAGUGACCUCUACCUGAACAACGUCAUCAGUCGCCUGACGCACAUCAGCGAGGACUCUGCUCGGCUGCUGAAGAGGAGUAAGGAGAUUCUCAUGCAGAUUCAGGAAGACCUCAUGAAGCUUCUGAAUGAACUUUAUACAGUGAUGAAGACGUACCACAUGUACAACGCCGAGAUGAUCAGCGCCGAAGCCAAGCUGCGGGAGGCGGAGCGUCAGGAGGGCCGCGUGAAAGGCGUGAGCGGGUCGGGCGGAGGGGUGGAGCCUGUGUUCGGCCUGCGGAUAGAAGAGCGCCACCAGAGACGCAACGCCGCCCGCAAGAUGGAGAAGAUGAGGGAGAAGAGGAAGGCUAAAUACUCCGAGAACAAACUGAAGACUCUGAAGGCCAGAAACGAGUAUUUAUUGACGAUGGAGGCUACAAAUGCCUCUGUGUUUAAGUACUACAUCCACGAUCUGCCCGACAUCAUCGACUGCUGUGACUUAGGGUACCACUCCAGUCUGAGCCGAGCUCUGAAGACCUACCUAUCAGCCGAACUGAGCCUUGAAGCCUCCAGGAGGGCGGGUCUGGAGGUGCUGGAGGGGGCGGUGGAGAACCUGGACCCCGCCCGCGACCGCCAGCGUCUGCUGGGCCUUUACCCGACUGCCUUCUGCCCGCCACAGCGCUUCAGCUUCCAGGCCCACAUGGGCGACACGGUGACCCAGAUUGCCUCCCAGCCGCAGGUCCAGGCUGAGCUCACCCUCCGCCUCACUCAGCUGCAGACUCGCCUGGCGUCCCUGAAGAUCGAGAACGAAGAGGUGAAGAAGACCUGGGGGGCGACACUGACCACCCUGCAGGACAUGACGGUGCUGGACGACUGCGAYGUGUCCCAGAGCUUCACUCACAGCCCGUCCUCCGAGUCGGUCAAGUCCAGCGUGUCGGAUGGCUACUUGAACAAGCCGAGCCUGGCCAAGAGACGAGCCAACCAGCAGGAGACCGAGCUCUUCUACUUCACUAAGUUCCGCGAGUACCUAGAGGGAAGUAAUCUCAUUUCCAAACUCCAGGCCAAACAUGACAUUUUAAAGAAAGCCUUAGCUGAAGGAUAUAAAGCUGAACUUCUGACUACCAGUCGUGGGCGGAAGAACUCCCACAGCAAGCACCAGGAUUCAACUAAAGCCAUACCUCUGCUCGUGGAGAGCUGCAUCCGCUACAUCAACCUCCACGGUUUGCAGCAUCAGGGGAUAUUCCGGGUGUCAGGGUCACAAGUCGAGAUCAACGACAUCAAGAACUCCUUUGAGAGAGGUAACGACCCGCUGAUUGACGAGGAAAACAACCACGACAUCAACUCUGUGGCCGGAGUGCUGAAGCUGUACUUCAGGGGUUUGGAGAACCCUCUGUUCCCCAAGGACAGGUUCAAUGACCUCAUCUCCUGCGUCCGGAUUGAAAACAUGUACGAGAGAGCGCAGUGCAUCCGUAAGAUCCUGCUGGGCGUCCCGAGGGCGACCCUGGUGGUGACGCGCUACCUGUUCGCCUUCCUCAACCAUUUGUCUCAGUACAGCGACGAGAACAUGAUGGACGCCGGGAACCUGGCCAUCGUGUUCGGCCCCACCCUCCUGCCGACGCCGGACGCUCUGGAUCAGGUGGCCUGUCAGGCCCACGUCAACGAGGUGAUAAAGACCGUCAUCCUGAACCACGACAACAUCUUCCCGGACACCAAGGAGCUCCCCGGCCCCGUUUAUGAGAAGUGCAUGACGGGCGACCAGUACUGCGAGAGUCCGUUCAGCGAACCGGGAGCCCUGGAGGAGGCCGAGCCCGACGCCGGCACCGAGACCCAGACCAGCGACGAGGAUGGCGAGGGCGUGGAGGCGGUGGCCCGGUUCGACUACGUGGGUCGAUCGGGCCGCGAGCUGUCCUUUAAGAAGGGCGCGUCGCUGCAGCUGUUCCAGCGCGCGUCACAUGACUGGUGGGAGGGCCGGCACAACGGGAGCCACGGCCUGGUGCCUCAUCAGUACAUCGUGGUGAAGGACAGGCGAGUUCACAGUCCCAAAUGGACCGACGCCAUGUCGGACACGCUCAGUCAGAAGGCCGACAGCGACGGCGGGAGCAGCAGCACCGAAGACAAGCGGUCCAGAAGCGAGCUGAGCUCCCCGACCGACAUACGGCCUCCGGAGAACUUCAACAGUCAMCGGAGGAAGCGGACCGACGGUCUCUUCCGCCGCCCUCUCUGCCGCUCCAACGACAACCACGGCAACGGGGGGAUGAUGGAGCGAAGCUCUCCGCCGGUGACGGGUCACUUCAGUCCCAGAGAUCUGCUGCUGGGGCGGAGCCAGGGCAUGACCCCGCCCCUCGACAGCCCGGAACGCCGCCGCCGCUCUGCUGCGGUCACCAUGACGGUGAGCCGUCAUGAAUCCCUUCGGAGGCCGGAGGACACGCCCAUUCGACGCUCGAGCAGCGGGCAGCAUGUAUUUGGCGACGCUCUUCGRUCCAGAACGAUGGACGCAGACUCCCUGACUCAGGACAUCGAGGAGACGGUGACGGUGGCUCUGGGGGAGCUCAGGCAGCUGGAGCGUCAGGGCUGCCGGCCGGCCCCCGACGUGGUCCUGGACACCCUGGAACAGGUGAAGAAUGGCCCCGCCACGGCCUGCUCCUCCGAGUCCCCCAGCCCCCACAGCACGCCCAGCACUCCGGGGACACCCGGGACCCCMGGAACACCUGGGACUCCUGGAACUCCCUGCACACCCGGAACCCCGAGCCCCCUCAGUCCUCUGAGUCCGAUCAGUCCCCUUCCAGGACCCCCACCCGGACCCCCCAGACCGGCCAACCCUUCCCCUGAUGCCCUGGGCUCCUUCAAGCCUGUGGCAGCUGCUCGCAUCGGGGCCCCGCUGCGACCACCGGCCCUGAGGCCCAAACCCGUGGUGCCGCCCAAGAGCAGCACCCCCCCUCUGCCCCCGCCGCUGGACAAAUCCUGCACCAUGUGAGCCAAACCGAGCCGAAAAACAGGCCGAAUCAGGCCUACCCAGGCCAAAACUGGGCCAGAAGAGGAGAUCAGGGUACCGCUUAAUGAUUCUAAUCAACUGGAAGGUAGAAAAGGGUAGAAGAGAGGAAAAAAGGCUUUUAAUGUAGUAAUAAAUUAUAAUCUAUGACAUGA